UUUUUCAAAGUAUCGACGAAGGAACAAAUAGUAGAUUACGGGGUUGCCGCCUAGCUCGUCAUACUGCAAGGCAUAUGAGUACUGCUAAAGGGGAUUUUGCUCACAGCCCGUACAUGCGUUCUGUGGUUGACCCAACAAUUCGAAAGUAAAAUCCGCGCGUACUGCUGAAAAGUGCCUAUUUUUUUUUUUUUCAGAAGCGAUUCAACAUCUUGACAACACUGAGUUUUCCCAAAUUCAUUUUGUCAAUAGUUGUAUCAGGAAGGAAAAUGUGCACGCAAUGCAACUGACUAGCACACAAUCCUCGAGGGAAAAGGGCUUUCUACUCUUUUCAAAACGCUGGUACCGUUCAGGUGUGGCUGCACGUGCUUAACGAGCCUUCGGCCUACCAUAGCACACAUCCGCCUGUAUAAUUCACCCCCCUCCCCCGCUCGUGCUUUGACCACCCGUUGCUGUGUUCACCGCCGUGGACGUCCGAUCAGCACGCUGGACUCCGCUGGCUCCCCCUCCCCCUUUCGUAUAUUGACCAUCCUGUCAUGUGUUCACAACCGUGGACGUCCGAACAGCCCGCAUGUGGGGGACACCUGAAAGUCGGCCAGAAUUGGGUGGUUCUAUGCCACGUGGGAAAGAGGGGCGCCUCGCUCGGGCUCACAUCCGUGUCGCUCGAUAGAUACGUGUUGCACUGGCUCUCGCUGGAUACGUACUCGGAGGGGGAUGGAAUGCGUGGCAUUGUCGGCGUUUAA